AUGCUCAGUUUGGUGUGUAUUGCUAGAGAGGUUUUUUUUUUUUUUUCUUUGGAGAGUGCAUGUGAUCAGCACAGGGCCAAUCAGCACUAUCCAAGCAGAGGGUCAGGACUUUCACAUCCUCCUGGAGCAGAAAGAAAACUCUUUCUGCAAGGUUUAACCAAUGCUCUGCUCUAACUGCUGAUGAGAAAAGGUAUUUAGCAGUUUAUAUUUACUAAAAUAAUUGCAUUUUCCAUGUUCUGUGUACUACCAGAUAUAGUGAAUGCAGGGUCCUCCUGGGAGACCAGAUAUAGUGAAUGCAGGGUCCGGGGAGACCAGAUAUAG